CAGAGGUCAAGGAUGAUAAAUUCUGGGUGUUGAAAAUAUAUCUUCGAAAUAUUACAAUAACAUCUCUAAUAUGUAGCGAAUCAUCCAAAUAAAUAAACUGAAUUGUACAUAAAUAUGACUAGUGAGAGUGAAACAAGUAGUCAUGAAAGGCAGCAGGUUCUAAACAGACUUUUGGAUGCAGUGAAACAGUGUCAAGUACGAUUUGGAGGCAAAUCUGAGCUAGCAACUGAUGGAGACAGCAGGGUGAGUUGCUUAUGUGCAGCAUGGGAGUCCGCUCUUCAACAUGGAAUGAAACACACCAAUAAAGGACUAUCUGCCUUGAAGCAAGUGAGUGAGAUUACUGGUUUAACAAAGAUGAAGAAUAUUGGCGUAAUCCAGGACCUGAAGAAAUUAGAGACAGAACCAGUUUUCUGGCAUUACGUCAAGGAAUUCUUAAGUAAGCAUGAGCAGGAGCGCUAUCUGGUGUUGAAAAACAUAGAUACGGAUGCAGGACGUGGAAGGGCAUGGCUCCGAGCUUCACUUAAUGAGCAUUCUUUGGAGAGACACAUGCAUAUGCUAUUAGAGAAUCAACUGCUACUCAGUCAGUAUUUUGAAGAACAUGCUUUACUUAGGGAUGUCGAAAGGAGUAGCAUGAUGCCAGUUAUGUCUGCAGGAUUAGGCUCCAUAUUGUUUGCAAUAAGCAUAGACAAUCCAGAGUUGAACACAAUCAAACCUGCCACCAGUUUCCUAGACUCAAUUGGAAAUAGGGUGCCCCCUUCCACUCAAGCUACAGACUUUGCAAGGAAAGAUGAACCCCGCCCAGUAAUUGGGGGUGAGGCUACCCCACCAGAAAAACGCAAAGAGAGAAAGAAAAAGAAGAAAGUCGCGAAAGUUGUCUCUUUCGAUAAUGACGAGCCUAGUUCAUACAGCUCGUCACCUGCCACCCCUAGCUACCUGAACAGCCUCUCCCCCACAGGUCUAAACCCCACAGUCCAGAAGGCAGCUAAACUAUCCACCAGUGCCCCUGUAUCCAACUUCACUUUCUCUGGGUAUAUGACGCAACGGGACAACAUUCCAGAAUCCAUAUCUGAAAUAGAUAAACAAAUUAACAAUGGGAUUAAAAACAGUGACAUUUUAAAUAAUCAAAAUAAUUCAGUUAGAAAUACUGAAAAAACUGAAGGGUCUAGAAUUUUACCAGUGGAGACUGUUCAAUCUAUCAAAGAGGAUUUGGACCAUCCUGGAUUUAUAUCAAAAGCAAAGGAUACAAAAACAAUGGAUGAUCCUAUUAUUAGCUGGAGUGGAGAGUCAAUAAAUGCAGUUAAGUACAAACAGAUUGAACCUACCACAAAAAAUAAAACAGUACAGGAUAAUAUCAUUAAAUCAAAAAUUGAAACAGACCAUGUAUCAAAUAAUCCUUUUGAAGAUGAUACUCAAAAAGUGGAACUUGAUGUACCUGUAUCGAGUAACCCUUUUGAUUUAGACUCAGGGCUGGAAACUAAACCCAGAAAUCCAUUUGAUACUGAUGAAGUAAAACAAAAUAUUGAAACAAUAUCAAAGGAAACAUAUCCCACAACACAAAAUCCAUUUGAGGAAAUGGAAACCAAAAAUGCAAUACAUAAUUCUACCAAUCAUUCAAUUGUUGACUCUAUCGCUGUUAAGACAGACACUAUAAGUAAUGAGAAACCAAAAUCUCCUGAGAUUCUUUCUGAUGAAAAAAGUGACAUAAAUGAUGUAAACGAGGAUAGUUUUUUGGAUAUUUACUCAAGUAGCAAGGAGCAGAAACCCAGGAUGGCUUCCUUGAAUAAAUCAUCAUCUGACAUCAUGAAAGCUGACUCGCCCAGCCCCAGUCUAGGAUCAUCCAGUUCUUUUGACUUUGAACAACAGUAUGGAUCGGGAGUUGUUCCAUCAGAUUUGACCCCACUAGCGCCCUCUGGUGAUCCAAAUGCAUCUUUUACCAUGGCUUUUGUUCUUGGUGGGGAUGAUAAUCAAUCAGAAGAUUCCAUUGAGGUUCCUACAUACAGUUUUGACACCGAUAAUGCAAUGUCUGCUCUGGCUCAACUACAGAAGGGAUCGUCUUACAGCGUAACAGGACAGAGGACAGCAGGUGAUGGAGAGGACACCACACCCUCACCCCAUCUAUCAAGUGAGACGCUAACAACCAGUGAGUUAAAACAAGCGGUUGUGGACAUGAUGAUCCGUAAAGAUCAAAUGGAAGACCAGAACAAGAGUUUAAAGCUGUUACUUGAACAAGAAAACAAUGUGACAUCAUCACUGAGGGCAGAGAUUGAGAACAUCAAGUCUGAACAUCUGUCUAAAGCAGAGAAAGACAAGACUAAAAUACAAGCAUUAUCCAGGGAAAAUGAAUUGUUAAAGCAACAACUGAAAAAGUAUGUCAGUGCUGUUCAAAUGUUACGUCGUGAAGAUAGUACCGCUGAAGGGCUGUCUGGGUUACAGUUGGAGAAGCCUCAACCUCCUAUUCCCCCUCCCCGUCAACUCCAUGACUUCAGUAAUGAGGCCAGUCAGUAUGAACAAAAGUUAAUACAGGUUGCUGAGAUGCAUGGGGAACUGAUGGAGUUCAAUGAGCUACUUCAUAAACAGUUAAAUGCACGGGAAUUGGAACUUAAACGCCUCAAACAGGAAUUGGUGGAUCUAAGAGGACCACUCCCAGAAGAUAUGCCUCACGAUGAUUCUGGAAGUUUAUCGUCAGAUUAUGACAACCUCUCUUUGAAUUCCCGCCCUUUAAUCAGUGUUUGGAUCCCAUCUGCUUUCUUGCGAGGCACAUCAUCAGAUAACCACCAUGUUUAUCAGGUUUAUAUACGAAUUAGAGACAAAGAAUGGAAUGUGUAUCGACGCUACGCUGAGUUCAACGUUAUCCACAAUAAACUGCGUAAAGUUUAUUCCAUCGUCAACACAUUUAAUUUCCCACCAAAGAAGGCGCUCGGAAAUAAGGGUGCCAAGUUUGUGGAGGAUAGACGCAAGAAGCUUCAGAGUUACUUGAGAAGAAUAAUCAACCUUCUAAUGCAGAACAACACAACACUUGCCAACAAUGCCACUAAAGAGACACUCAUUCAACUCAUUCCUUUCUUUGGGGACCCACCAGCUAAUCAAAAAGAAGAAUCAAAAAAGGGAAGAUUUUCAAGGAAAUCAAGCAAAGGACAGCUCCCUAAAAUGGCUUCUAGCAGCCAAUUAGAAGAACAGGAGCGAGCUGAGGGAGCAUACAAUGGUUUAUAACCAAGGGAACAUGGUCAUGUUAUUGGCCUGCUUAAUACAGUGGGAAGAGAAAUUGGAAGAAUCUGUAAAACAGAGGAAUGAUUUCUAGCUUUUGAAAAGAUUUCUUGGUCUGAUACACUCUCCAAUAAUUCUUUUUUUUCAAAUAUCCAUAAAAGUGCUUUCAAAGACUGCUGUUGCAUUUUAAAAAGCCACGUUUUAACAGAAAUUUGAAAGCGUUGUUUUCACUUUUCUUUGUUUUGACCGGAAGCAUUGCCAACCAUGAUUCAAACACGAUUCUCCAUUUAUUGACUGGAACAAUUUUGUAAUAAUAUUUCUAUAUACAGAUUGAGUAUUUAGUAUUGAGAUGGACCAUACCUAUUCUGAUAUAUUUAUUACCGCCUUUGAUUGGGUCAUCUGAGAGAUUAUUAUUAUGAUUAUAGGUAAAUUAAUUUACAUGUUAAUACUCAAUUUUUAUUGGUCAGAGAAUUUUCAAUAGUUCGGACGAUUGCUCAUGCAAUGCACUGCCAGUUGAUCCCUCCAGUAAGAAAAUUGGUUUACAUUGUCAGGAUUUACUUUUAAAGGGUAGGCUCUGGAGAGGUAAACAAUUGUUAAUUACACAUCCAAACAUGACCUUUCACCCAAAGAAUCUUUAUCUAACCACAUCCAAGCUUACUCAAAAUAGGCUAACGGUUAUGAAUGGGAUAAUGGAGAAUGGAGCUUGAGAUACAUGUAUGAUUAAAAGUUAGAGUAGAUACUGGCAUGGAAUAUGUCAAUUCAAAGUACUAUAUUUUUAAAAUGUUUAAUUUAUUAUAAGUAGGUGACUGUAAUCCCAACUUUGCAUUAUCCUUCUGUAUUAUCAUGUUAUUAUUGUGA